AUUUUUUAUAUUUUUACGCCCUUUGCUAGGUUCUGAUGGAAAGAUUGAUUCUUCGGUUUCCUCCAGGUUUCCAAGUUUUUGUUAGGGAUGGCGCGGAAGACUACAUUUAUUUGCUGGAAUCUCUACUCAUCACGGAUUUGCAACAUCAUUUCCAGCCCGCUCUGGAAAUUGAUGGUGACCGAAUUUUUCUUACACCAGUCAGCGACAGGAGCAUACAAUAUAUCAACAGAAUUAUGGCCCCAUCUCUGCGUCCGCGUCUGCUCCUAUCUUGGGUGGACGUCGGCUGGGAAGGAGGAUGGAAUCUCGGCAUCCAGAUUCCAUAGCCGAUCUCUGUCGAGGAAUUUCGAAAUGGCCCCCAAAGAUCUUAUCGAAACUGAUUUCGGGGAGUCACAGGUGUUCCCCCACUAUAGCUUAAAAUUUUGGGGGAACAGCGACAGCGUCGUAUCCCGUAGUCUGCAGCUUCUCAACGAUCUUUCUAUGGGAUACAGCAGUAUUCGACGUAUGGUCAAGCUGGAUGAAGUUCAGUUUUUGCUGAAAAAUCAUACGAGUGAACAUUUCUCGUUUUUGGGCGCUAAUUCUACAUUGGGUGAUUUGAAAUGCCGUACUGCAUUCUACGCCUCCUUAACGCGGCUGUUAAUCAUUGAACUGGCAGAGGAUGAGGAUAAACUGGAUGAGUUCAUGCGGCCAAUCGGAGUGGAGUUUGAGGAACUGGGCAGACUUAUGACACACGCCGCUACUGCCAUGUUUAACGAGCGCGAAGCAAAACUGGCGGCAAUCGGCAUCGCGAGAGAUCUCCGAGGAAUUUCAUCCGCUUUGCUGAACCGUACAUCGUAUAUUUUAUUCUUUGACUGGAUAUAUCCCAAGUACCUUAACGUGUGCCAGCGCGUUGUUGAAUAUUGGUAUUCGGACCCCGCUGUGACGACACCUAUGUUGAAAUUCAUGGCGGAAUUGGCACAGAAUCGCUCGCAGCGGAUACAAUUUGAUAUCUCGUCUCCAAACGGGAUCUUGCUCUUUAAAGAAAUUAGCAAGAUGUUCACCGUCUACGGUACGCGUAUGCUGACCAUUAGUGACAUUCCAAAGCAGGAUUUAUAUCCCCGCAAGUUGAAGGGCGUCGCCGUGGCCCUCACCAUGUUCAAAUACGCUCUCAUGGGCAAUUACUGCAAUUUUGGUGUUUUUCUGCUCUACGGUGAUCGCACGCUGGACGAGGCGCUACAAGUUCUCAUUAAACUGAUCACUUCAGUUUCCCACUCUGAUCUCCUGGAAUAUCCAAAACUCGGUCAGGCAUAUUACUCUUUACUCGACGUUGUCUCUCUGAACCACAUUGACUUCCUGAUCAAUGUGGAUCCCCCAGUGUUUUUAUACAUUCUUACCAGUAUUUCCGAAGGGAUAAAUUCUCUCGAAACUGUUGUGAAUUCAGCCAGCUGCUCCUCGUUGGACAACAUCAUCACGGCUUUAUAUAGGGAAAUUCAGCGUCGCCACAAGCAUCCUGAAUUGGCUGCCACGGAAAAUCGUUCCUCUGUGUUGCGCAUCUACGAAGUGCAGCCGCAGCUUUUCCAGCAGCUGAUGACAACAAUCUUACGCAUUGCUGUGUUCGAAGAAGGACGCAAUCACUGGUCUUCACGACCGUUAUUGGGUCUGGUCCUUCUCUGCGAUCAGCAUUUCCAAGAAUUGCAACCGCGCAUUAUACAAUCAUUUCCCGAAGACAAACGGGGUCAGGUUGCCAACUGCUUUAUCAUCUUGAUGGAUGGGGUGGAGCGGAAUUUAUCGAAUAAGACUCGCGACAGAUUUACACAGAAUUUAUCUUUAUUCCGUCGCGAAUUAAACGAGACGCAGAAAGGGCUGGACAGUAGUAAUCCCAUGCUGGACUGGAUUGCUGUGCGUGAAGAGCUGGAUAAAUUUUGGCUGCGUCUGAACUCCGAGUUCACCGGCAGUGGAGGUGAAUUGGUUCUGAUUUACGAACCACCAUCCAGCAAGACUGUGAGUUUUCUCAUGUGACAUGCUGUGGCACUGGACACGGCCAUUCCCAGUUUAUAUUAAUUGUUUGUCGUUUUUGGCGGGCAUUUUUGUGGACUACAGAAUUUUUCUUAGUUUUUACGCUUUAUUUGUCAUUUGUUGCAGGCUGCACCCACUUGCAGUGGCAUGCGGUUCAGGCCUUUCGGUUUUUGUAUAGGAUGAACCUGCUCACAGUGCAGCUCUCGGAAACGAAUAUACUACUGAAUUUUUAUGUUCGAUGUACUGCGAGACGGGGGGCUGGUUAUUUCGAGUUGAUAUCUGUGAAUCUACAACAAAAA